AUGAGAUGUGACCUUAAAUCAGAGUUCUGGUUUUCUGACAAAGCAGCAUUGCUUUCUGUUCAGGUGAAGGCCUAUAAGCCUGUGUCAGAACUUCUAGGAGAUCAGCUGUCCUCCAACAGCAAAGUAACUGAGGAAAUUCUGGAAAUUCAACAACUUAAUUUCAUAUCCAUUCUUCAACUUUUGCAUGUUUGGUGUACUUUUUAUCGUCCAGAACUGGUGCGAGUCUGCUUGGAACAGUCACUGAAGCAACUCCAGCUGGACUAUGUUGACCUGUACCUCAUUCAUUUCCCAAUAGCCAUGAAGCCAGGAGAGAAUUAUUUUCCAAAAGACAAGAAUGGAAAAUUCAUACAUGAUGGGGAUAUCUGUGACACCUGGGAAGCCAUGGAGAAAUGCAAGGAUGCAGGAUUAGCCAAGUCCAUCGGGGUGUCCAACUUUAACUGCAGGCAGCUGGAGAAGAUCCUGAACAAGCCGAGGCUCAAGCACAAGCCUGUGUGCAACCAGGUAGAAUGUCAUCCUUAUCUCAACCAGAGAAAACUUCUGGAUUUCUGCAACUCUAAAGACAUUGUUCUGGUUGCUCAUAGUGCUCUUGGAAGUAACCGUGACAAAGAAUGGGUGGACAAGAGCUGUCCUGUUCUUUUGGAUGAUCCAGUCCUUGGUUCCAUGGCAAAAAAGUACAAGCGAACUCCUGCCCUGAUUGCUCUUCACUACCAGCUGCAACGUGGGGUUGUGGUUCUGGCCAAGAGUUUCAGUGAGAAGAGGAUAAAGGAAAAUAUACAGGUUUUUGAAUUUCAGUUGACUACAGAAGACACGAAAGUCCUAGAUGGCCUGAAUAAAAAUAUCAAAUACAACAGAUGCUAUGGGUGGGUUGGUGUCUCCAUCCCUCUACUGGUGUCCUUAUCUGGAGAUGAUCACUUCUACUUUCAGAUGCCCAAUGUUGGGAAUUUCAGGCUAUGGUCACCCACACUGAACCUUGGAGGCUUCACCAUGCUAGGUCUCUGA